UCAUUAGAGACCUGGUGAUAUCUCUAUCCUAGCGAGUCUUACUCCGGGACCUUAGUUAUCGAGUAUGCAUGGAUAUUGAUUCGAACUAAGGUUUCAGAUUAACUCGCUUCCCGGAAAGUGUGUCAUCUAGGAAGUCGAAGCCUGGCCUCGGUCAUAUAUAAAAAAAAAAAUAUGAUUGGAAACAGAAAACGAAGUUUGUGCAAAUGAAGUGGUUAUUGGGUUUAUAAGAUUGGUGUGCGAGGGUCCUAACGAGACAGUAUUUUGAGAUCAUGGUGGCUGUGGGAAGCCAGUCACAGGAGCAGUACAAUCUCUUACUUAGUUCUUCCUCCAUUUCCUUGGAAUCUGCAGACUCCAUUAGUCAAACAACCCCAGAUGCUUCUGAAAAUGAGGAACGGAGUGCACUGCAAGCCGAGACUAAAAGGCUUGCCUUAGAACAGUUGCAAAAGGCAAAGAGCAAGCCUGUAGCUUUUGCAGUGCGCACCAAUGUAGCCUUCAAUGGAGCGGUGGACGGAGGGGACUGUCCAGCCCCUGGUCACUGUGUCUCGUUUGAUGUCAAAAGCUUCCUCCACAUCAAAGAGAAAUUCAACAAUGAUUGGUGGAUUGGACGUUUGGUCAAGGAUGGAUGUGACGACUGUUUUAUUCCUAGUCCUGCAAAACUGGAAAACCUCAAAUCCCUGUCUGGUCCCAAAAGUAAAAUGUAUGUAAGACGAAAUGAUUCCAGUACUACCAUGGAAGGUAUGCUGGGGCAGGGAACAGGUAUGAACUCCUCCCGAGAAUCCACCCCACCCACGCCAGGAAUGACCGAGGAGAAUGGGGCAGACAGUACAGUGGGAGAGGAUAGUGAUAGCACAAAAGCCUACAAAGCAGGGGGCAUCAUCCCUCCAACCAAAGAGAAGAAAAAACCAUUCUUCAAAAAGUCAGAGUCAGUGCCACCUUAUGAAGUAGUGCCUUCCAUGCGACCAGUCGUUCUGAUUGGUCCUUCACUGAAGGGAUACGAAGUGACAGACAUGAUGCAAAAAGCUCUCUUUGAUUUCCUCAAACACAAGUUUGAAGGGAGGAUAAUCAUUACAAGAGUCACGGCAGACAUCUCAUUAGCUAAACGGUCAAUAAUUAAUAAUCCCAGUAAAAGAGUCUUGCUGGACAAACAGAGUCGUUCAUGUGGAAUAGGAGAAGUUCAAAAUGAAAUAGAGAGAAUAUUUGACUUGGCUAGGUCUAUGCAGUUGGUAGUUCUAGACUGUGACACAAUUAACCACCCUUCACAAUUAGCAAAAACAUCGUUAGCUCCAAUUAUUGUUUAUGUCAAAAUUGCUUCACCAAAGGUAUUACAGCGACUAAUCAAAUCUAGAGGAAAAUCCCAGAGUCGUAAUAUGAAUGUACAGUUAGUAGCUGCUGACAAACUGAACCAAUGUAGUCCUGAUAUGUUUGAUGUAAUUCUAGAUGAAAAUCAAUUGGAAGAUGCCUGUGAACAUUUGUCCGAGUUCUUGGAGGCUUACUGGAAAGCCACACAUCCAAUUGACACGUCACAGCAGACAAAACUGAUGCCUUCUCCUAAUCCCAUAAGCAGGCAUAACACAGUGCCCCCUGGGCACCAUGGACAUGGGCACCACGGACAUGGUCAUAAUGUUCAUAGUUCAUUUCGUGAACCUCGGCGACACGCUGAUCAUGAACACCAUAUACGUGGUAGUGAUAGAGACCCAAGUCCUUCCCAUGAAAAACUUCACGAUCGCGAUCUGAGAUCGGGACACUAUGACCGUAGUGAUUACAAUCGGAUGUCGCCGCGCGAAUUCAAUCGUAGAGACAACAGUGGUGACAUGCACGAUCCGCGGCGAGACGACCGGUACUCAAACAGGAAGGAGCACGAACAUUUUGAUUCGAGAGAAUCGUACGGUUCACCCACGAGGAAUUCAAAAUACCCCAUGAAACAGCAGUCUAUAGACAUAUAGAUUUACAGCAAAUCUUUGUGGGAAAGGAAAACAAAAACUUCCAGGGAUUUUGCAAAUAGUGCAGUGAUCACAAAAAUUCAAAGUGUUUUUGACCCCUAUUUUGUUACAAGGUCAUGUGCCAUUGAUGACCUUUGCCCCCUGUUAAGAUGUAGAUAGAUCCCUAUCUACUGUGGAGAGUUGCAGAUCUGUCCUGGACACAGAUUUUGUCAUCCAGUGUUUAAAUGUGGUGUGAAUGCCUUCCUGUGUUACAAAAGAAGAUACGUAUAGAUUGCAGGUUUUCUUUUUUUUUUUUUUAUAAUUCGUAUCAAUAGUUCUUGCAGAAAUAGCCAUAUAUAGAUAGAACUUUAUAUCAGUUUUUCAAAUUUUACAGAACUGAAAAUCACGUGAUAAUUAAUGAUUAUCAUUUUGUAGUUUAACAUGUUCUUCCCAACAUUGCAUGUCUGAUUUUUAAAAGAAAUUUCGAGAGCGAAUAAUACUUGUGUUGAAGAAUUUGUUUGUUUGUAUACUCAGAAAGUUGAAGGUUGUACAUGUAUAUGGUUGUGAUUCAGAUCUUCACAACCCUUGUAUGAUUCCUGGAAUAAAUCAUUAAGCAUGACAUUAAAUAGGUUUUUUUGAAUUUGACCACCUUUUCAUUGUUUUAAAGAUCAUUGCUGUUCCUUGUUUUUCCCUGUCCAUGUUCAGUUAAACAUCUCACAAAUUUUGCAGGCAAAAUUAUGUUUGUGACAUGGUUAUUAAAACAAGACAAAAUUGUCUCCAAGGUGAAAAAUAUCUUCUGUAGUGGUUAUUAUUAUUAUUUUUUUUUUUUUGUGAAAGUGCAAUAAAUAGAUUUUCAUUCAAAAUGGGGGAAAAUGUGUAUACUAUAAACUUUGUUAGUGCAAUUGUUAGUGCAACUGUUUAAAUUCUCAGUUCAGAGUUAUAUUAUUGUUUUCGAUUUUUUUUAAUUGGUACGUGUAUAUUUUUCUUGUUUACAUUCUAAACCUAUGGCUGGCCAUAGUAGUAUUUUUUCUCUUUUUUUAAUUCAAUUUAUUUUUUAGCUCAUAUUUGCCCUCUUUGUUUGUUUACCCAGUCAUUGUAGGAUUGUAUUCUACGCACACUCAAUUAAAUGUAUAGGGGUUAUUUCCCCUUCUACAUAGAAGAAUCUCAUUUGUUUACUGGUACAUGUAAUAUGAAGGUAGACAAACAUGCUUCAUAUACCACAAUUAUUAUGAUAUUUGCAAGGCCAGAUCUGCAAAAUGUUUUUUUACUGCAUAUACAUGUACAACAAAAAAUAGACAAGUGCUUUUUUAUAUACAUUGAUGAAAUAAUUAAUCAGUAGAUAUUAAUCAACUGUCUUUACAAAAUCAGAGUGUAUAUCAAUUAUAGCAGACACCUAUCUUAUAUUUAUUAAUUGUACUGAUGCACAAGAAUGCAUUGCAUUUUUAAGUUUAUAUUGAACAGAUAGAUAUAAGAUAUAUUAAGAAAUAUUAAGAAGAAAUGAUGUAUGUUUAAUAAUUUUGUAAACAAUAUUGUAUACAUACUUUUUGAUAUAAUCGUCAAAAUAUUGAAACUUAUCCAUCUUGGUGAUAAGAAGUAGUCAGUUAAAAGUAUCCAUACCAAAUGAUAUGUAGUUUAUUAACAUAGUUUGAGGAUAGCUUUUUUUUUUAAUCUUCAUAGUGUUAUAUUUUAUGGAGUACAGUGUGUAUGAAUUAAAUAGUCUUUCAAGAACUAUUUUAACUACUCAAUUAGAUCUAAUAUUUAAUGAUUUAUCAAAGUUGCAAUAAUUUAUUCUUCCCAUCCCUAUGGUAAAUCAUUUACAGUUCAUAUAGUAAGAAUGUAUAAUGUUGAUUCAGUAUCUUUCCUAGAAUGAAAAUGAAUGAUUUUGUAUUUCAUGAGAUUUAAAAAAAAAUUUAUUUGAAGUUUGCUCAUUUUAGUCAAGUGCGAUAAAGUAUUGGAUGAAAUGGUACAAAUGCUUUUGCAAUUUGUUCAUGGAAUACAGAGGCAUAUAAAAAACAUUUAUCACUUAAGCAAGUCUCUUCUCAGAAAACUGUGUGUAUGAAUGUUUUGCAUGAUGAGCUACAUGUAUGUCUUUACCUUAAUCUACAUGAAGUAAAAUUUUGUUGACAAGGAUAUUCCACACUUACUAUGUAAUGCAUUUAUAUCUCCAUUUUGUUAAUGGUAUGGGAAUUGUUGCACUACCCUUUAAAAUUAUGUACAUUAUUAUUAUUCGGUAUGUCAAUUUUAUUAAAUAUUUCCAAGUUUGUUGGAUUUGUAAAUAAAACGGAUUUUUAUCUCGGAA